AUGGAAGCCACACCACUCGCGUCCCUAUCAUUGACGCACGUACACUACAACCCUCACGAUCCCAUAUCUUACCUAUGCGCCUGGCUCGCGCUCGCUCCUCAAACCCUCUGCGUCAUCUACGUAACCCUGAUAUGGUCAACGCGCGAAGUGGAGAUCCUCCUCAUGUUCAUGGGACAAAUGGGCUGCGAGGCGCUCAAUUUCCUGCUCAAGAGGUUGAUUAAGGAGGAGAGGCCGAAACGUACGUCCAACGGAGGCACCCUCAUUGCGCGCGCAUUGCUGCGGCACUCUAUAAAGGAUUGCGUUGGAGUUAGACCACUUAAGCGUGUGGAAAAAAGACUGACACACCGGUCGGUUAUAGAAAUGUACGGCAAAGGCUACGGCAUGCCCUCCUCGCACGCCCAAUUCCUCGCUUAUUUCUCCAUCUCCCUCUCCCUUUUCCUCCUGAUUCGGCAUAACCCGCCAACGCCUCCCCAAUCAUCUCCGUCCAGCCAGCCCUUACCCUACAGCCACCGGCCGCUGAAUCUGCUUCAGCGCUCCCUCCUCUCCGUCCUGACCAUGGCGCUCGCUGCAUCCGUCGCGCUCAGUCGCAUUUAUCUCAAUUAUCAUACUCCAACGCAAGUCUCUGUAGGAUGUGUAGCGGGUGGUGCUUGUGCGAUAGCUUGGUUUGGAGCUACGGAGUGGGCGAGGCGGGAAGGGUGGGUAGAUGUGGGGUUGGAUAGCUGGGCAGGAAGGAUGGGGAGGUGGAGAGAUUUGGUUGUCGAUGAGGAUUUGGCUGAGAGUGGGUGGAAUGUUUGGGAGGAGAGGAGGAAGAGGCGGAGAGAGCAGAGACGGGUGAACGAGGUGGGAAGGAAGAAGAGGCGAUAG